UUAAGAGCGACGGACGUGAUCCACAAGCAGGAGAAGCAGGAGUGAUUUCCUCUUGCGUUGCUACGAUGUAACGGCUCACUCUAAACUCGAGACGAGCCUGUGAUUACAGAGUGACUUCCCUUACGAGUUUUUAUAUCACCCUGUGCUAUUUUUGUGGCCCAGUAGUGAUUUACAGAGCAGAUAGAGACGUUUAUUAGAGGAUGGCCGCAGACGUGGAUAAAGCUCCUGCCGGAGAGCCAAAGGAUGAUCAUGGUGAAGAUUGCGCGACUCCAUCCAGCAGACGCGCCCGCUCACGUUUCAAGCAGCUCUCCAGUUUAUUUCUAAUCGCUGCUGUUCCUUUCUUCGGCUUUUGCAUUAAAUAUUACCAGGACACCCAGCUUGUGAAACGACAUGAGGCAGGAUUGAAGGCGCUGGGAGCAGAUGGACUCUUUUUCUUCUCAUCCCUGGAUACCGAUCAUGAUCUUUAUCUCAGUCCAGAGGAAUUCAAACCUAUUGCAGAAAAACUCACAGGUGUGGCACCUCCCCCAGAGUUUGAAGAGGAGAUACCACAUGACCCGAAUGGAGAGACGCUGACCCUGCAUGCUAAAAUGCAGCCGUUACUACUGGAAAGCAUGACUAAGAGCAAAGAUGGCUUUCUAGGGGUUUCACACAGCUCUCUUAGUGGGCUGAGAUCUUGGAAACGUCCAGCUGUUCCUUCAUCCAUGUUUUAUGCCAGUCAGUUCAAGAUCUUCCUGCCACCCAGUGGUAAAUCGGCCCUAGGUGACACUUGGUGGAUCAUUCCCAGCGAAUUGAACAUUUUCACCGGCUACCUUCCCAACAACCGCUAUCAUCCUCCCACACCACGAGGCAAAGAGGUACUGAUCCACUCUCUGCUGAGUAUGUUCCACCCACGGCCUUUUGUGAAAUCCCGCUUCGCUCCACAGGGAGCUGUGGCUUGUAUUCGGGCUGCUAGUGAUUUCUAUUAUGACAUUGUUUUCAGAAUCCAUGCUGAGUUCCAGCUAAAUGAUGUUCCAGGCUUUCCAUUCUGGUUCACUCCUGGGCAGUUUGCUGGUAACAUCAUCCUCUCUAAAGAUGCUUCUCAUGUCCGAGAGUUUCACCUCUACGUCCCAAAUGACAAGUCUCUGAAUGUGGACAUGGAGUGGCUUUAUGGGGCCAGUGAGAGCAGCAACAUGGAGGUGGAUAUUGGAUACCUGCCUCAGAUGGAGCUGAGGGCAGAAGGUCCCUCCACUCCCUCAGUGAUCUAUGACGAGCAGGGGAACAUGAUUGACAGCCGAGGGGAGGGAGGAGAGCCCAUUCAGUUUGUCUUUGAGGAGAUUGUCUGGAGUGCAGAGCUGAGUAGAGAAGAAGCAUCCAGACAUCUGGAGGUCACAAUGUACCCAUUUAAAAAGGUACCAUAUUUACCAUUCAGUGAGGCCUUUAGCAGAGCAGAUGCAGAGAAGAAGCUGGUUCACUCCAUCCUGCUCUGGGGCGCCCUGGAUGACCAGUCAUGCUGAGGUUCGGGGCGGACUCUUCGAGAGACAGUCCUCGAGAGUUCGCCCGUUUUGACCUUGCUCAACCAGAGCUUCAUCAGCAGCUGGUCUCUAGUCAAAGAGCUGGAGGAUCUGCAGGGUGAUCAGAAGAAUCUGGACUUGAGUAAAAAGGCCCGUUUACAUUUGGAAGAGUAUACUUUUCCAGUGGAGAUGAUGGUGGCGCUACCCAACGGCACUGUGGUCCAUCACAUCAACGCCAAUAAUUUCCUGGACCAGACAUCCAUGAAACCAGAAGAGGAAGAGGGGCCUGCUAUCAGUUUCUCAGCAGGUUUUGAGGAUCCUUCAACGUCCACAUACAUUCGCUUCUUACAGGAAGGACUAGAAAAGGCCAGACCUUACCUGGAAUCAUAAAACUAUUUCUCUCCAUUGGUGCACAUUAGAGAUAAAUGAGGGGAGUAUAGGAGGGAGAAAGAAGGGAAGCACUGAUAUCAGCUCUGUUCCCCCGUGUCUGAUUUUAGGAACGGAAUGUGGAGGAGCUGACACAAUUUCUUCAUUGAGUAGGCAGCUGGUGGCCACGUCUUAAGAGUGACACAUUCCAUGUAAAAAGUGCACAAUAUAACAUCGUUAUAACAAGAGUGUGAUAUGUCACACAGUGAACCAUAAAGGGUGUUUAACUCUACACAAUAACAAAAUCUCAAAAUCUCAUAUUUUUAUAUAGAAAAUUUGCCAAUUUUGUGCAAACCUUAACACUUCCUGAGUGACGAAUGUCAUUAGUCUGAUCCAUUGUUCAGACUAAUGAACUGAAACAGCAUUAUGUGUUGUGUUGUAUACUGAUCUGAUAAAACCACUUUUAUACUUUGUUUCAUACAUAAAAGCCACUUAUGUUUUUGCUGCAUCAUUUUUGUUUGUUAUUCCAGAUAUUCCUGUAGGACACAGAACUUUGCUGGCUGUUGCUUCCUCGAUUAGGCAGUUUGUGAUGGUCUGGUCUGAAAGCCCAAUCAGGGUGAGAGCAGACCUGAUGUUGUUGUUUAAGUCUGUGGAAGCAACGUCUGCUUUUCCGUGUCUGAACAGAAUACUGGCACUAUGCUAAAACACACACAAAGUGAAGCUUUGGAUUACAGCUCAACCACACAGCUGCAGGAAAGCUGCCAUGGGCUCUAAUAUAUCACGCCUGAAAUCCACUUUUGUCUAAGGGUGGAGGUACGCAAUGGUCAGUUAGGAACAUCACAUUUUUGUCUUUUAUAAAUUAAAUACAAUGCAAAAAGCUUACAUGCCCUCACUUCUGAUUCUUUCUACCACAUUUAAGCUGAAACCAGAGUAGAAACAUGAUGGAAUACUAGAUUUAAAAUGUAAGCUGGCAUGUUGUUCAUUGUCUUUAAAUGGUGCAAUACGUUAUUAAUCUUUUCAGCAAAUAACUUUUGCACUACUGUUCAAAAGUUUGGGAUCUGUAAGAUUUGUUUAAAUGUUUUAAAAAUGAGUCCCUUAUCCUGACAAUUAAUUAGAUCUAAAAUACAGAAGUAUUUUAAAAUAUUACUACAAUUGAAAAUAUCUCAGUGUCACAUGAUCCUACAGAAAUCAUUCCAAUAUGCUGAUUUUCUGUUCAAAAACAUCCAUAUCAAUGUUGAAAAUAGUUGAAGACACCGUGAUAAAUUUUAAAUGGGUGAAAUAGAUGACUAGAAUGUUCAAUAGAAAUCUUUUGUAAAGUUAUAAAUGUCUUUACUGUCACUUAUGAUCAAUUUAAUGUGUCCUUGCUGAAUAAAAAUUAGUAUUGUUAUGACCCCAAACUUUUGAAUGGUAGUGCAUGAAAUACCAUCCCUAUAACUGCAGUUUGUGUAAUGCAAUUCUCUACUGGCGUCAAAUAAAUACAAUGUGAUAUUUUACAUAUAAAUAAAA